AUGAUUUCGGUGGGUAGUAUAGAUGGGAGAAAAUUGUCUGGUUUAGGGCUAGAAAUGGAAGAGAACGAACUUGAAGAAGGAGAGGCUGGCUGUUUUCAGAAUGAUGGUGAUGAUUCCACCAUUGACCCUGAUAUUACUCUCUCCUACAUUGGGGAGAAACUCCAAAAUGUUCUCGGACAUUUUCAGAAAGAUUUUGAAGGAGGAGUUUCAGCUGAGAAUUUGGGGGCAAAAUUCGGUGGCUAUGGUUCAUUUUUACCAACUUAUCAACGGUCUCCUUCUUGGACUCGUCCAAGGAGUUCACCCGAAGUUCAUAACUGUAGCGAGCCCAGAUUCCUAAACAAUUUGAAUUUGGAGGACGGUAGGGAAAACCUAUUCGCUUCAACAAGUGAUUCUCUAUCGGUAAGGCCUGGAGCAUCUUCAAGAAAGACUGCAGCCAUAUGCGAUUCUGUGAAAAGGGAUGUCUCCACCCUGCCUACACAUGCUGAAGAGCUCACUUCAAACGUUGGGCUUGUUAAGAAGUCUGGUAAUCCUUCUGAACAAAGAACUUUGAAAGUUCGAAUCAAAGUUGGUGCUGAAAAUUUGUCAACACGACAGAAUGCUGAAAUCUACAGUGGACUUGGUCUUGAUGUAUCUCCAUCAUCUUCAUUAGAUGAUAAUCCAGUAGUUAGUGAAGGUUUAUGUGGUAACAAUCAGGAUGUGCCGGACGAAUCUCCUACUAGUAUUCUUCAGAUUAUGACAUCAUUUCCUGCCCGCGGGAGCCUUCUUUUAUCCCCUCUAUCCGAUGAUCUGAUUCGUCUCUUUGAAAAAGGAAAGCUUAGGGGGAAGAGUCAAUCCAAAUUCGUGCAUAAAGAAACCUUGGAAAGUUCUGGGAUGUUAUUCAGUGGGUCUCUGUCUAGUAGGAGCAAUCAGAAAGUUUUAAACCUGAAGAAAUGGAAGUCAUCUGAAAAAGAUCGCACGUUUUCUACACAAUUCAUCAAUGAGAAGAACAAUGAUAUUCCGCUGAAGGGGGAAACUGAUAUUGACGAUUUAGGUUGUGAGGAACUUGUUUCUAAUGCUCUUAAACUCCCGCUUUUAUCGAGUUCACAGCAUGGUGAUGGUAAUCCUAUGAACGGUACUUCUAAGGAGGUUGAUAUUUCCUCUAAAGAUGGGGUGAAGGACAAAACCUGCUCUGGACCGAUAGAGAAGGAAAAUUUCGGGAGUUUGUUUGCUCAAGAUAUUGACAGUGUUGAGGAGUACGAUGAAGAUCUGCAUCCACCUGACAAGGUUUGCGAAAAUAGAAAAGAAAAUUUUGGGAUCGACAGUGUAGCUUGUCCACAGGAUGAUGCCCAAAAAGCAGAGAAAGUUCAGUUUGAGUCAAAUUUCUGUAAGGGGAGAAAGGCUCCUGCUGCCGAAGCCAAACAAUUAGCAGUUCAGAAAGACGGUAAUGAGGACGGUGUGAAACUAACUCCUGGAAAGGAGCAGAUAUCUUCAGCGUUCAGGAAGAAAUCAAAAGGAGUUUGGAGUGGAGGUUCUCAAGUUUCAGGUGUUUCAAAAGAUCAGCAAAUGCAUGAUUCUUCUUUGAUGCCUAAAAAUAGGAAGAGCUCUUUUGGUAACAAUCUUAUGUCUAAAAAUGAUUCACUUGAUUUCAAGAGAGACCAUGGAAAGCCUGGAGACAGAUAUAAGGACUUCUUUGGAGACCUAGAACUUGAAGAAGAAGAUAGUGAAUCGAUUUCAGGGGAAAUGCCUUCCUCGAGAAGGCUGAAGGACUCUCAGCUAAUUGAAAAAAGAAGCAUUGUUGAAUGUCAUACUGCAUCAAAGGAGAAAAGCGAUGUUAAAAAAAUUGAAAAGCCAUCUCCUUAUUCUGCAAUGGCUUCGAGUAUGGCUCCUCAAACUGUAAGUGGGCCCACUUCUGAUGCUACGCCUGCAGGAGUGGUUCCUUUCGUCCAAGAAGAUUGGGUCCUGUGUGAUAGGUGUCAACAGUGGAGACUUCUUCCACUUGGUACAAAUCCUCAGAGUCUUCCUGAUAAAUGGCGUUGUAGGAUGCUCAACUGGCUGCCUGGAAUGAACCACUGUAGUAUCCCUGAGGAGCAGACUACAAAGGCUUUACGUGCCCUCUACCAUCUUGCUCCUACUUCAACUCCUGCUCCUGCUUCUGAGAGUCAACACAAUCCGCUUAAUUAUCCUGCUAGGACUUUGUUGGGAGUGUCAUCAGCUGAUGCUAAGUGCCUUGGUGAAGACCAACAAAAUAUUGCUUCCCAAGGUACAGUCAGUGGGAAGAAAAAACAUGGGUCAAUAGACAUGACAAAUUCAAAAGACUUGGAUGAUCCCACUCACUUUUUGGACUCUCAGAAGAAGGACGUUAAGGUACCAGGGAAAAAUGGAGCGAACUACUCUCCUUCUGUCGAUGCAUAUCAGCAUUUGCGCCACUCUAGUAGUGUAGUUGUAGAGAAGCGAAAGGAUAAUAAGAAAGAGAAAAAAUCAUCACUAGAGGGCCAUUCUGAUAGAGGUACAAAUUCAAAGGUAAAGAACAAGAGAGAGUCUGAUUCAGAGAGCUUCAGAGUUUCUAAAAAAGUUAAGAGUGAGAAUGUUCAUUUUGGUGAUGAAAAUUGGACCUCUGACAAUGGUGGAGACUUUUCAAAAGCAGGCCGUAAUUCAAGUAGUGGUUUGUUAAUUAAUGCUUCAGGGACUGAUCGAAGAAAAUAUGCCAACCCUAUGGGUUCCAGGGGCGAUGCAAAGAAAUCAGCUAAGAACCCAGAAACCAAACCAGGGACUUCAGGUGAUGGUUUGCUGUGGACGAGAGAAUAUGAUUGUCAGGACUCUGUUAAGAAGAGGAAAGCGAAUGAAUAUCGUGAUUUGCCUAGUGCUGAACAACAUCCCAAAGACCAUGAGGAUUUUAUCGAAGAAACCCAUGAAAGUAACCACGGUAAAGAAAAGAAAACAAAAAUAUCCAAGUCCGAGGGAAAAGACACCAGCAGAAGCAAAGGCAAUGUAGCAAUGGACAAAAAGAGUAGGGGUAUGAAGGACCAACAAAUCGAAAAUGCUGCAGAUUAUUUGAACAGUAAUAUGGGUUCCAUACAGUCCUCUGCUGCUGCCAACUCAAGCUCUUCAAAGGUUUCUGGAUCAUGUAAAAACAAACCCAGUGUCCGCAAAAUGAAAGGUUCCCCAGUUGAAUCAGUGUCUUCAUCACCUUUUCGGUGUCCUGAUGCAGAUAAGUUUUCAUCAGCAGGAAGGAACCCUGUCCUCAAAGAUGAAUUUCAGGACUCUGGAAUUUUGACUUUGGCUAGUCCAAGAAGGUAUAAUGGGGGAGAUGAACCAUCUGGGAUGUUGAUAAAGGACACAACUUUCGACAUCACCCAUCACAAUUCGCUAGAUUCCCAUGUUCUUGAAUUUUCAAAUAGGGAUUUGUGUCAACCAUCUGAUGGUAAGGUCAAGGCAGAGAGUUUAACUUGUCGUGAUUUUGGUACUGAACAUGUUACCAGUGACUGUGUUGAUUGCUUAGGCCAAGGUAAUGAAGAAUGCCAAGAUGAAGAAAGACCAAGAAGUCAAAACAGCGGGCAUCAGACAGAGGAGUCUGGAAAGGGGUAUUCUUCGCAGUCUAAAGACAAAACUCGUAAUUCUAGAUCUGACAUCGAUAAAGUUAAGAACAAGAUUUCGGAUUCUUCCUCUGAAUCUGUAGGUCAUUUGCAUUCCUAUGAGGAAAAAUUGAAGAGCGGAAGAAACAAGUGCGACGAAAAAUUUGUUACUCCUGAUAAGGUGGACAAGAUAUUCAUUUCUAAUAAAGAUUCUGCUGAAGGAAUAUUACGUGACAGUGGAAAAGGAGAAAGUCAGUUAAAAUUUGGAGGCCAUAAUGGUUCAGAUGUUAGAUUAGAUGUUACUAAAGGCCACGAUAAAAGACAUAACCUUCAGCGGGACCAUGAUGACGAAAAAUCAUCCAGAAAGCUUCUAUCAGGUAAAAGCGACCAGGUCGGGGUUGAAUCCUCCAGUAGAGGGAAGUCACACUCACUACCACCCUUGGCAAGAGGUCAGGCUGAAACAGUAGCAAGUAUUUCUGGAUCUAAGAAAGAAAAUGGCGAAAACAUUUUGGCAGUUGAUGCAUUUGAAAAUUGUGAUUCAUUAAAGGCACAUAGACAGGGUAAAAAAGCUGAGAAGAAUGAAAGCCAGUCCUUUAAUAUGAGACAUCCUACUCCAGAAGCGAACAAGGGUCGAGAUCUUGAAGCCCCAAGUCCUAUUCGAAAGGAUUCCUCCAGUCAUGCUGCUACGAAUGCGUUAAAAGAGGCGAAGGCCCUUAAACACAUGGCAGAUCGUCUCAAGAGUUCUGGAUCAACUGAAAGUACAGGCCUAUACUUUCAAGCUGCCCUCAAGUUCCUUCAUGGAGCAUCUUUGUUAGAUUCUGUAAACUGUGAGAGCACCAAGCAUAAUGAGACAAUCCAGUCAACUCAAAUGUAUAGUAGCACGGCUAAACUCUGCGAGUUCUGUGCUCAUGAAUAUGAAAAGUUGAAAGACAUGGCUAAUGCUGCUCUGGCCUAUAAAUGCAUGGAGGUCGCAUACAUGAAAGUAAUUUAUUCUUCACAUACUAGUGCAAGCAGGGAUCGGAAUGAGUUGCAAACUGUUCUACAAAUUGUUCCACCUGGUGAAUCUCCUUCCUCUUCGGCUUCUGAUGUUGACAAUGUGAACAACCAAUCAACUGUAGACAAGGCUGCCUUUGCCAAAGGUGUUGGCUCUCCUCAUGUUGCUGGAAGCCAUGUUAUCACUCCCAAAAAUCGUUCUAGUUUUACAAGGCUACUUAACUAUGCACAGGAUGUUAAUUUUGCUAUGGAAGCCUCCAGGAAAUCGAGAAUUGCUUUUGCUGCUGCUAAUCCAAGACUUGGAGAAACACAACAUAGAGAGGGUAUCUCUUCUGUAAAAAAGGCACUUGAUUUUAAUUUCCAAGAUGUGGAUGGAUUAUUACGCCUUGUUCGGGUUGCCUUGGAAGCCAUCAGUCGUUAA